GUAUGGCGACAUGACAUCAAAUCUAAAUGGGCCCAUAGCAACUAUGCAGAACCAGUUCAAUCACGUUCCCAAAUUCGUCAACGAGAGAUCUCAAUACAUCAGUCCAUACCACAGUGAUUCCGCGGUGGAUUCGUCAUCAAGAAUGAGCAAAAAGAAGUCUCACCAUCAUAAUCACCACAACACGCCUAUGAUAACUAAUCAAGUGAACGGGUCUGCACCCUUCAACUCCCAACAUCUAUUCAACACUAUGAUUCCCGAGUUGAUGCCACCAGGGGUGCCCCAAACACCUCAGAUGCAGGCCCAGAUGCAACAACAAAUGCAGACGGGGGAUCCUAUGCAACAACAACAGUUUGGCAUGCAACAGUCUCAGCAAAUGUCUAUGCUUCCGCCUACUCAGAAUAUGAUGCAGCAAAUGCCAGGAAAUCAGCAGAUGCCUCAGAUGCAAGGUAUGUCUGGUAAUCAGAACAACAUGCAAGCAAGCAUGGGAUCUAAUCAGAUACCAAACCAGCAAGGAGUGCCACCACAUAUGCAACAGCAGUAUUUUAACCCCAAUAACAGUUUCCUGCAGCCAAACAACCCGCCUAUGAUGAAUGCAUAUGUACCUCCUAAGAAGUCGAAGAAGCACAAGUACAGGCCGAGUAAUUGUCAAAGUGAUUCUGAGAUCCUAGAAAAGUCUACUACUCGUAGUCUGGGAGGUGGAAGUGUCGGCAGACGAAGUCUAAAACAUUUCAAGGGCACACAGGGAAACAACGGCGACGGUGCUGGAGGAGCAAACUCGGACAAUAACUGGGAUAAAGACACAGUCAUUACAGAUGCUACCAGCAAUAAAAGCAGCAGUGUUGAAAACAUUCCGCUGCGUAUACAAGCAGCAGAGCAUGAGUAUCUAGAUGACUAUAUGGGAAACCAGACCCCAGGUUGCUGUGACCUUUGCAUGAAGCCUGCAGUCCAAAUCAUCUUUGUUUUGUUUUCUCUUUUGACCCCAGUUGUGUUCGCAAUUUUGCCUAAAAUUCUCUGGAUUGACGAAGAGUGUUCUCUGUCAUGUCUGGGUUCAGUCUUGAACUUGGCCUUCCGACUUGCGAUUCUGUUUUUGGCUCUCUGGGCAAUAUUUUUCAGGAAAUCGAGGGCGACAUUGCCGUCUAUCAACUUGUGGAAGACGUUUCUUUUCGUCAUAGUUGCUAUUGUCAUCUCUAUUGCGUGGGUGUUCUACGCCAUCAAAAUUUUGAAGGCUCAAGUGCGAGAUUAUGACCAUAUUCUGAAUUUCUCGCUCUCAAUUUGUGACUGUCUCAUUUUUAUCCAUUAUUUGGCGGUUGUGGUUCUUGAGAUAAAACACUUGAAAAAAGAGUACAUCAUAAAGGUAGUCAGAAAUACAGACGGAGAAAGUAAGUUCUACAGUGUAGGGCACAUGAGUCUGCAACAUUGCGCGGCCUGGGUUCUGGAAAAGUACUAUAAGGACUUCCCAGUAUACAACCCCUACCUCAUGUCGAUUCCAGGCGCCGGAAAAAAGGGCACAAGUGUCCCCCAGUUCAAACUGUACAAUAUAGAUGGAAAUGGGGGCGAUGCGGCAUCGGUGAUGGAAAACUCGAAAGCAAUGAUUGCAGCUUCCGCUCGCAACAGAGAUUCAGGAAGGAACACACGGUUCUACGAGGAGCAGGAUUUCGAUAGAAGGCUGAGGAAGCGACGUGCGAGAUUGAUCGAGGCGGUCGAAGAUGCUUUCAUGCACAUCAAACGACCAGAGCCGAGUGACAAAGACGAGCAGCCUGUUCCAAUGGAUGCGGAAGAAGCGGCCGAGGCUAUUUUCCCCUCCAUGGCUCGAGCACUUCAGAAGUACCUCAAGAUCUCGCGACAGACGCACUGCUACUCACUAGUUGCAAUAAAGGAUCACCUUGCCAGGUGUAUUACCCUGGAUUUUACCCCAAGAGCCUUUCUGGAGAAGUACCUGACACCAGGUCCAGUGAUAACUAGCGAAGUGGAACAAAAGCCUUUCCAGAAUUGGGAACUGAUCACGGAUACUCUGGUUAACAGAGGAAUUCAUGAGGGAUUGGUGUUCCAAUUGAGGCAAGAUGCCCUCUCAUUGGUCAUUUAUGUGGCCAAGCUACCCAGAUUUCAUAUAAGGGAGGAAUCAAUGGACCAAAAUCAGGGCAGAUUUGUCCUUAGACUUCAAUCGGAAACAUCUGUCUGAACUGAAAAGCGAAAUGAACUCUUUUUCUGUUUUCUAUAACAUCUGUUAAUUGAUUUCUUCCUUUUUUGAUUUCGAUUACUUUCAAUUGUUCAUAAUUCGCACUUUUAGUUCUAGAUUUCAUAUUUAAAAAAGCCCAGGAAAUAUCACUGAUUUGAGCUGAGAUAAUGUUACAUCAAUUUGAGGCUCCAGCUGUCAAAAUUAUUGUAAUGCAAGAAUAUAAUUAAUCUGGAGUCUCAUGCCUUUUCUCUGAACUUAUUUGUUUUAAUUUGAGUAAUAAGUGCACAGUUUUCAUCGAUUCUUAUGGGAAUUAACCGAAUAUAAAAUUUUUAAAAACUUAAUUAAUUAUUGGUUUUUCUAUGUUAGCAAUUUUAGUCUUUCAUUUGAUUUAUAAUUUUGGUGAUAAGGUCACUU